GGGCAUGGGCCCGCGCCGCGUCUGCUGCCGUCGAUCGCAGGCACCCGAGCGCCAGGGCGCGGCGGGCAGCGGCCGCUGACGCGGGGCGCCAGCUGCCAACUUCGCGCGCGGAGCUCCCCGGCGGCGCGGUCCCGGCGGCGCGGGCGGCAUGAAGACGAGUCGCCGCGGCCGAGCACUCCUGGCCGUGGCCCUGAACCUGCUGGCGCUGCUCUUCGCCACCACCGCCUUCCUUACCACGUACUGGUGCCAGGGCACGCAGCGGGUGCCCAAGCCCGCCUGCGGCCAGGGCGGGCGCGCCAACUGCCCCAACUCAGGCGCCAACGCCACGGCCAACGGCACCGCCGCCCCCGCCGCCGCCGCCGCCGCCGCCGCCGCCGCCGCCGCCGCCGCGGGGAACAGCCCCCCUGGCGGCGCGCUCUACAGCUGGGAGACUGGCGACGACCGCUAUCUGUUCAGGAAUUUCCACACCGGCAUCUGGUACUCUUGUGAGGAGGAGCUCGGCGGGCUCGGUGAGAAAUGUCGCAGCUUCAUUGACCUGGCCCCAGCAUCUGAGAAAGGGGUCCUGUGGCUUUCUGUGGUUUCCGAGGUGCUCUAUAUCCUUCUGCUGGUGGUCGGCUUCAGCCUCAUGUGUCUCGAGCUCUUCCACUCCAGCAAUGUCAUCGACGGGCUCAAGCUCAACGCCUUCGCGGCUGUAUUCACGGUGCUCUCAGGCCUCCUGGGAAUGGUCGCCCACAUGAUGUACACGCAGGUGUUCCAGGUCACCGUGAGCCUUGGCCCUGAAGACUGGAGACCCCAUUCCUGGGACUAUGGGUGGUCCUUCUGCCUGGCGUGGGGCUCCUUCACUUGCUGCAUGGCAGCCUCUGUCACCACGCUCAACUCUUACACCAAGACGGUCAUUGAGUUCCGGCACAAGCGCAAGGUCUUCGAGCAGGGCUACCGGGAGGAGCCGACCUUCAUAGACCCUGAAGCCAUCAAGUACUUCCGGGAGAGGCUCGAGAAGGGGGACGGGCACGAGGAGGAGCUCCGCUUAGAUUGCCGCCAUGAGAGACACCCUGCCCAAGCAAGCCCUGGAAUUGAGGAUGAGGACGCCCAGGGCCGAGGGAGCUGCCGAAGCCUUCCACCCCCAACCCUGCCCACAGCCUCACCCCUGGCCUGGAACCUACUUCCCCCCGGAAGCACGGAAGGAUCCUCAGAUGUAUUUGCUAGGUCAAUAGCCUGUCACCAGCAGCACAUGGGAGAUUCCUGGCCCCGGAGCUCUGCGCAGGAGGCACCAGAGCUGAACCGCCAGUGCUGGGUGCUGGGGCACUGGGUGUGACCGAGACCCAGCCUGGCCCCCAGACUCAGCCCGUCGUUGGCACCAGCCUCCUGGCAACCGUGGAGACCUGGACUCUGAACUCAGCCAGCCUGUGUGGGGGACACCAGGCCUGCUGCCCACCGCUUCCCUGGCUCUCAGGGCCCUGGCAAUGGAGCCGGCGUGGCCUGUGGGAACACACAGGGCUGCCCAGAGUGACACUGGGACAGCAACUCUUAACUCUUGCAACCAUCACAUGCAGAGACUGCUGGGUGCAGCUGGGAUGCCAGGAAAAACGUGGACAUUGGCCACUGAAAGCCUGGGGACCCCUGAGCCGGCCAGGAAGUUCAGGGGGUGCCCUGUGAGGGGCAGGGCGUGGGCGGGGCUUCCUGAAGGAGGGGCUGGGGGGGGGCCACACAGCAGGCACAGCAGGGGCUCAAUAAAUGCUUGUUGCACCUGUUUCUCGCUGUGUGUGGAGGCCCCUUGCUCUCUGGGCUGUGUCUGCCUCUUCACGGCCCCAUCCUAUUGGGUCCUCAAGGAGCCUGAAGGUGAGAUGGCCCCCAGUGUGCGGGGUCACUGAGGUGUGGGAGACAGGACGCUCAGAGCCAGGCUGGUUUGGGGCUGGGGUCAAGAUGGAGCCAGGCUGGCAGGCUGUUUUGGAUCCCAGAGGGUGGGCAAGGUGGGGCGUCAGGCAGAUGGGAGGUGUAGGGCGGGCAGGAGAGAGGCCCUCACCCCCAGACCCUAAACUACCUUGACCACCAUGGGGACCCUUACCCUAUGUCUACAGCCACCUUUACAUCAAAUCCUAAGGCUUAGGUGCCUGGGGAAACAGAUUCCUAUUAUAAAGACGAGGAGACUUAGGGUCGCAGAGGUGGUGAAACUUGCCCCCAAGAUCACAGAGCUGGCGAAUGGCAGCACUGAGGUUUCAGCCAGGACUCCUGACUCCAAGAGGCCUCGUCCCUUUCCAGAAGGAUUUCUAGAGCUUUCCCCAAAGCAGAGUAUGUUCUUCACUUUUCCAUGAACCCGUCACCCAUUUAUCUUUCCAUCACCCAUCCAUCAUCUGUCCAUCAGCCAUCAGCAGUGCAUCCAUCAUCCAUCCGUUAUCCAUCCAUCCAUCAUCCGCCCAUCAGUCGUCAUUGUUCCUUGUAUCAGACAUCCAUCCAUCAUCCUUUCAUGCAUCACCCGUCAUCAUAUUCAUUACCCCUCUGUGUGUCCAUCCAGCCAAUGAUAUAAUCCGUGUGCCCCUACUGUGGACCAAGCACGGCGAUAGGCACUUGAGCUAGGACAGGGAACCAUGCAGAGAGGGCGUCUGUCCUCGCAGAGCUCACGGAUGAGCAGGACGGAUAACAAGACCGACGACCAUAAUUCGGUGUGUGAGGGGCUGGGUGCCUGGCUCUGGGCCAGGCAGCCAGGGUUCCGGCCGCAGCCCCUCCACUUGAGACCCUGGCGAGGUGCAUGACCUCCCUGUGCCUCGUCCCCAUGGGCACAUGGGGACGCUCCUUAUACCUACCUCUUAAAGCUGUGCUGAGGGUUCAAUGAGCUGAUGUACAGAAGCAUCUAGAACAGAGCCUGGUACAGAGGAAGCACUUUGCUGGUUACUGUGACUGCAAUGGGGGAGUGCGAGGCUGUGGGAGCCCAAGGCAGCACCUGCUGGCAAGGGCAGGGGUGAGGGGAGGCUCCUUUGGGGAAAGGACACUUAAGCCAAGACGUGAAGAUUGUCUAGAUGUCAGACAGGCAAGUGUGUAGAGGGGAAGGCAGUCAGGAACACUACAGGGACUCGAGAUGGCAGAUGUGGAGAGAAGGCAGCAGCAGGGGUGGUAAGAAAGCCGGCCGCGGGGCUCAGUGGAGCCAGGCCAGAGGAGACCGAAGGCCCUUAGGAAGCUUGGACCUUGUCCUGAGUCUGCGGUGGCCGGGCUGCUUUCUGCAGUGGAGUGGACUGUGCCGCUGUGCAUCUUGGGUGUCCCCAAGGGCUGGGGGCAGAGAAGACAUGGGAAGCCCACCCAACCCCUCCUGACCACACUCAAAGGGCGAGAAAAGCGGGGCCAGGUUCAGCUAAGUGGCGCUGGGGAUGGGAGUGAGGGCAGAUGGAGGAGCUAGUCAGGCGGGGAAAUCAGUGGGCUCCGGAUGGAGAGAUGUGGGAAGAAGAGGCUUUUGGAGAUGACGUUCAGGUAAGGGGCUGGGUGGGGGCCAGGCUCAGGGGCCAGGCGCCCCGGGGACACCCAGGUGGAGGCGUGCGCCCAUUCAGUCAUGCAUCAAUGAAUCAAGCGAGUGCGUCAUCCAUCCAUUCUUCAUUUGUUCAGGAAACAGUUCGGACCGAUUGUGUGGGGCAGGAGAUGGGUCUGGGAGAGAGGCUGGGGCCCUGUUUCAAAGGCCUUGAAUGUCAGGACAAGGAGUUUGGGCUUCGGCCUCUGGGCGAAGGAAGGACCUGGCGCUGGGCGGGGAUGCAUCCGACAGGAAACUGGCCCCGGACGCCAGGCAUCUCAGAGCUCUUCAGUGUCACCUGGGGUCCUUCUGAAGUUGGCAGGUGGACCACAGAGGUCCAGGAGGUGAUGUCAGUUGACACAGGGGCAAAAUUUUAAUCUAUUUUAAUAGUUGUGUUUAUGUACAUGUGUACUAGGAAAAAAUAAAAUGUAACACGGGUACAUGGGUGCCGUGAGUUCACAGACGUUACUGCUUAGGAUGGAACCAAAUAGGCAUUUCAGUAUAAAGAAAGAGUCGGCGUCAAGAAACAUAUUCAAUAAAAAA